UUCAAAAGCCUUCCCCAUGCUAUUGCUUACUACCACCACUCUUCCUCCAUUUCUUCUCCUUCUUCCCAAAAAAAAAACCCACAAAUGUGCCCGUAGAACACAUUCAAUUGACAAAAAAAAAAAUUAAGGUUUUUCCAUAGGAUAAUGCAAGAUAUUCAUCAUCACUCGAUGGUCUGCGGCGGCGGAGGAGUCGCCGGAGGAGCGGGGAGGUUCUUCAGCGGAGGCAUAGGUGGCGGCGGCGGGGGCGGAGGAGAUCGGAGGCUGCGGGCCCACCAGAGCCAGCAUAACCACCACCAGGCUCUCAAGUGCCCUCGUUGCAAUUCCCUGAACACUAAGUUCUGCUACUACAACAACUACAAUCUCUCCCAGCCACGUCACUUCUGCAAGAGCUGCCGUCGCUACUGGACUAAAGGCGGCGUCCUCCGCAACGUCCCCGUCGGCGGAGGCUGCCGGAAAACCAAGCGCGCCAAAUCCAAGCAGCCUUCCUCCUCCUCCUCUUCCGCAGCCGCCGGAAAACAGACGCCGGACACAGAGGGGGAAGGAAAGUCAUCGGCUUCUCACUCCAGCAGCGAGAGCUCCUCCCUCACCGCCUCCGCCUCCGCCGGAGUCCGGCCGGGAUCGGCUUCUGCGGCGGAGGUUGCGUCGGUGCCCAUAUCUGGAUAUGGUGUGAACAACACGAGAAUUUACGGAAGCGGAAUCGAAUGGUCGGCGUUGAUCGGAGAAGGUUCAUCGGACGUUGGGGUUUUCACGGAGAUGGGGAACUUCACGAGCUUGAUUUCGACGGUGCCGACGAAUGAAACGGCAGCGUUUGGGUUCGGGGGCAAUUCGGUAAAUCCGAACCAGCAGUGUCUGGAUCAUCAGACGGCGCAGGUUGAUUUCCCGGUGAGAUCAUCGGACCCGGUCGUUGGAUUUGGACCGUUGGAUUGGGGAGGGGAGGAAGGGGAUCAAUCACUGUUUGAUCUUACCAGCACCGUUGAUCAUGCAUACUGGAAUCAAAGUCAAUGGACGACCGAUCAGGAUCAUACUGGUCUUUAUCUCCCCUGAUUUUUUUACUCCUGCUUUAACCGGGUUCAAAAAAAUAAAAAUAUUAUAAGGUCGGAUAAUUAAUGAAUUCAAGGGUGAAAAAGUGGGGCAUAAUAUAUGACUGUAUUUUUUUUUUAAAUAUGAUAAGUUUUACCCUUUAGUUUAUUUUUUUUGGGAUUGUCAUGUUUUGUCUGGUUUUGGGACUGACCAUUUCUUGUUUAUAAUAUAAUUAUUACAAGAUAUAAAUUAUGAGAUUAUUUCAUUGAUGUAUGGUGUGUGUAUGUAUGUAUGUAUGUAUGUAUAUAUGUGUGGAUGUAUUGCGCAUAGGGCAUACAAAACAUUGUACUCAAUGGUUUGAUUAUAUAACCAUAUGGAAUC